UUUCAGAUUUUUGACCUAGUUCAUCUUUGUGCGUAGGUGGCUUGUAUAAAUUCCUGUCACACCCCAGUCUCCUAUCUACGAACGCCGUAACAUGCUUUAAUACAUUCCAACAGCGAAUUGCAGCUGGGCGGGGUCGCUUUGGAAAAUUAGGUCAAAGGUGGAAAUCAACGAGGCGAUUACACGGGAUAGCAACUACACAACUUUGAGUGCAAAGACGGAAGGCGAGAUGCAGUUGCUCUCUUGAAGAUCACAAGCAUACGACGACUUUCUUAGCGGGUCUUGCGACCGGAGUCUAGCCGUCUUUCACUAGAUCUACCACAAGUUUGAUAUUUGUUCGUGGACUUCCAGAUUUGAGAAUAAAAUGCCGAUAUUUGAACGUGAUUCAGAACGAAAACAUUUGCCCAUUGGGUCGGGCCCUUACACCAUCGGCUGUGUGGAUUUUAUGAACGAUCACACCAAGGAUGGGGUCCUCCUGAGGCUGUUCUAUCCCACGGAACACAAGGAUAUAAAGAAAUGCCAAAUGCAAUGGCCACUUUGGUUGCCACGCAAACAGUAUGGGAAAGGCUAUUGUUAUUUCAGGAGGAAAAACACCAAAGUUUUUGGGAGGUUGUUUAAUUGGAUAGGAGGUGACAUCUACGUACCAGCCCUGUGGCAAGCACCUGUUCUAAAUAAUGGCCAAAAGUUUCCUGUGAUUGUCUUUUCUCAUGGUCUUGGUGGUAAUAGGACUACGUAUACUACGCUGUGUAGUGAUCUCGCCUCACAGGGCUUUGUAGUAGCCGCCAUAGAACACAGAGACGGCUCUGCCUCCAUGACCUUUGUGCUCAAAUUAAUAGAAGAACACCUCCACCACAACCACAAGAACCACCACCACCGCCUCCACAGGGAUCACAGCUUCACUGAGGAGUGGGUGAAAUAUGAGAGACAGGAGAAAGAAGAUGAUUUCCAUAUCAGAAAUAAACAGUUGUACCACAGGAUACAGGAGUGUUCACAGGUGGUAGAUCUACUGGAGUCUGUGGAGCGUGGAGAAGAAACACAUUCUGUGCUGGGAAUUCACUGGGAUAUCACACAACUUCAGGGGAAGCUGGAUCUUUCUCGAUUAGCAGUGAUGGGACAUUCGUUUGGAGGUGCCACUUGUAUAGCAUCAGCAGCAAAAGAUAAAAGGUUUAGGCUGUCCGUGGCUCUUGACACUUGGAUGCUUCCAUUAGAAGAGAACAUUUAUAAAGAUGUGACGCAGCCGGUUCUCUUGGUGAAUACAGAAAUAUUCCAGUGGAAGGAGAACGUGAAAAGCAUGUUUUAUUUGCAGUCAAUUAAUCCUUCAGACACAAUUAUCAUCACAGUAAAGGGUACGUGCCAUCAGAGUCAGACGGAUUUUCAGUUUGUUGUGAACGCUGCACUGGGCAGGUUCUUUGAGCUGCGGCACACUUUGGAUCCUUACAUUGCCAUGGAGAUAAACAGCAAGUCUUCUCUAGGGUUUCUAUGGAAACAUCUCAACAUUCCUGCAGAGACAUAUUAUGAAGAUAUCCUCUCUGGAAACCAUGAUCUUGUGAUAAAAGGUACCAAUCUCAAACUCAGUUGAGCAGAAGUUCUUCCUUCCUUCCCAUCAUGCCAUGCCUGCUCAAGAUGAUCUGGUGGCUAAGCAGAUAUACUGUCAAGAACUUGACUAUGUGUGUUUGAGAAUCAGAUUGUGUGAGAUUUGACAGCAGAUAAGUCUUGAUGUGAAAAAAUCUGCAGUAAUUCACUGAAUAAUUUGAACUAGAUCAACUAUGUUUAUUUUCAAGACUGACAGACUCAGUGAAAGACUUGCUGAGCUUACCAACUGGCUAAAUAGUUUGAUCAAGUUAUCAUAUGUCUCCAUCAAGACAAAAUUUAUUUGAUCUGAAUAAUUGAGCAGUUCAAAUAAUUCAGUCCAUCUUUUGAUAUCGGAAAGUUGCUAAGCUCCAGCAAUUAUCUCGGAAGAAAUCAAGACAGUAACUGGGUAACAUAUACUGCUGUUUCUUGCUCAAAAAGACUAGUGACACUGAACCAGAAGAGAAAUGAAAAGUGUGAUCAUAUUGUGAAGGAGCACCCAGUGUGUUAGGUGUGACAGCUAUUGUGCUGGGUGAGAUUGAAUAGCCACACACAGCAGACUGACAUGCUUUGGCAAAAUCAGAAAAGCAGGGAUUCACACAAAAAUAUACCGUUGUUUUAUCACUUUAAGGAAUAGCUUUUGGUAUCAGGAUGUGCCUUAAUGAAGAAAAAUUUGCCAAACACACAGAUAUAGAAAACUAAAGUGUGAUAAUAUACAUGUAACAGUAGACAAAACAGUUAUAAUAUUUUAUAUAUUGAUACUUUUGUAUCAUUUUUCUAGCUUUUUUUGCCAACACACUCAAAAACUUUUUAUUUGUAACUCACUGAGAAAUUGUUUUUGAUGCUUGUGGAUAUGUACAGCUUUUUAUUUUGAUUAUUUGUUAAUUUUAAUUUUUUUAUUUUAUUUAUUUAUUAUUAUUAUUAUUAUUAUUAUUAUUAUUUUGCUGUAACAGCUGCUCUUUCUACCUGUGUUGAUAUGGUGUUAUUUGUAGUAGUGGUUUUUAUGUCAUGCUUGGUUUUAAUGGCUUUUAAGGGCAUUAAUAGUUUGUGAAAUAAGUUUUUGAAAAUAGCAUCUGUGCUUUAUCAAGUAUUUUAAUAGAAAUUGUGAUAUGCGCUCUCUUUUAAUUUAGACUCAAGUUUUCUUUGUUUGGUUGUUGUAUUCACAAACCCUUCAUUUUACAUACAUGUACAACAUGUAGUUGUGUUUUAUCUUUUUGUGGCUAAAUGCAAUGUUUGAAAAUAAAAAAAGUGAUGAAUUUCAGCUAAAGUGGUUAAGCAUUCAUUUGGCUGGCUAUGGCAUUGAAACAGUGUAAUUUUAUUUUAGCACUUUAUAUAUAUAUUGUAUUGAAACUGUUUUUCAUGUAUUUGCAUUUCCCUUCAGAUUUUAUUCAUCUUAAAAGAUACUUAGUCAUCUUUCAGACACAGUUACUGUGAUACAGAAUAUUAACGAUCUGGAUGAUGUGUUAUAUUUGAAGAGUGUUAUCCUCUGAUUGGGUACAUUAGGAUGAUUAAGGUCAUGACCUUGUUAAGAUUCUUGCCUUGUGGCAAUUUAAUUUUUUGUAACCUUGGAAAAACUCAGUUUUGAAAAAGAAAAGACAUCAUUCUCAGGGCACAUGUAGAUAUAGUUUAGUUCAGGAUUUCUCAACUUGGUAAGGUGAUGUCGAUAAGAGUUAAUCUUAGGAAAAAAUUGAGUUGAUUAAGAUAAAAUUAAUUACAAGAGAAUUUAGUGAAAAUUGAGGAUAAAAUAGCAAUGAUAGAAUGCAAAAAUCGUACUCAUUAGAAUUUUAUUUAGAAAAUGUAUUUCUAAAUAAUUGAAGAUAUUUAGCUGUAAUAUGGGCUUUUAGUCCACGUCAGAAUAUGUAUACGAUCUCAAUUUGGCUUGUACUCCAAGUAGCGCAAAUCAAUGCAAUGUUAUAUGUUUAAUUAAACCUUUCUUUAUAACUCGCAUAUUUUGAUUUUAUGAUAGUAUUACAUAUUAAAAGAUCGGGCUUCCUAAUACAUGUACAGCUUCCAGUAUGACGUGCCGAUAAAAACGUGACUGAUUUUGUGGUAAUUAUUUACAAAUUUCAGAACAUAUAAUAAUUCAACAUGUAGUCUAUGUAUAUCUUCAAUAAUUCUGAAUAAA